GGUAUUCUAUCUCCAAACCCAACAUGGCCCACAAGCAUACAUCAUGACCAAAGGUGCAUAUGGGGUUCCUGUGGCAGUACCUGCUAUGCUAACAGGCCAGGCUCAAAUGCCUGCUGGUGCAAAUGGGGUUCCUGUGGCAGUUCCUGGUAUGGUACCAGGCCAGGCUCAAAUGCCUGCUGGUGCAAAUGGGGUCCCUGUGGCAGUUCCUGGUAUGGUACCAGGACAGGCCCAAAUGUCUGCUCCACCUGGCGCACAGGCAAUACAGCCAUCACAUGCACAGGCUAUAAGAGUUGAUAUGCCUCCAGUUAACCAAGGAUAUACUGUGGCUACAGAGGGUGGUGUUCAAGGGAGUGGUAAUCAUGAUGCCCAAGCACCUCCUCUUCAAACUAAAAGCACAGACAUGCCUCCUGUUUACCAACCAUGAUUUGAUGUAUGCAGUUUAUACUGUAGUUACUCCCUAUAAAUAUUUAGGAACUGCAUGAGCCAAGCUCAAUAAAUCUAGUAUAGGAAAUACCACCGUUCGAGAAAAAUAAAUGAAAAAUACCGCGCAUAUUUGAUGAAAGUGAGAACUUGUUGUGAAUCCGAAAUUUAUACAACAAUAAAAAAUAUUAAGAAAUUAAGAAGAAUUAAAGUCGAACUGUAUGAAUUUGCAAUGUUUAUUAUCCGAUUUGGUUAUUGUGCAGCGCUUGAAUAUUGUUGACACUAUCGGCUUACGUCAUAUUGACCCAUAUCUUUUAUUAUAAAAUGUUUUAUAUAUAUAACGCACUCGAGAAGCAAGAAGCUUGCUUCUCUCGUGUUUAUAUCAGAGGACAGGACACUCGCCAUUUUUAUAUUUCAAUAGAUACGCGAUUUUGUAACAAUUAUGCGUUCGACAUAAAUAAUACCACGAGUGCUAAGCACGAGUGACAGUAUUACUCACUUUCAUCACAUACAAGCGGUAUUUUUCAUUAAAUUUUCGAGAACAAAGGUAGUAUUUCCUUUUAGUAUCAUACCUACAUAAAAUAUUCGAUUCUAUCGCAUCUAGGUGCCAAUCAUGAUAGCGAAAAAAUAUCGCGCGUUGAUCAUUCGGUAACACUUUUGAGAUAGAUUCGUGCAAUUUAUAAAUAUAGAUAGCACAUUAAUUAAUUGCACGAAUUGAGAAAAGAUUCACGGUUCGUCAGCCGAUAUCAAGUUUUUAACAUUUUAUAUCUAAAUUUUAGUUAAAGUAGCACUUUUUAUGGGUGUGUUUUGCGUACCGUAUGAACGUAUGAAGAUAAAGUGUUCUGCUAGUCAGUUUGUUAGUUGUAAAUUUUCUUGUAAAAUAUGUUUUUUUUGUAUGACAGUGCGCGAAUCGAAAACCCGUGACCGCCUAGAAAUAUUUCGGAACGUGAACUUGAAAAGUGAUUACAGCUGACAAACAAGAAAACAUGAUAAAAACAUAAAUGAGCAAACUUUGUGUUUAUUCUGAGCAACGAUAUUGUAUUAAUCAGUGAGCUUUUUCAGAAUGUUUUUUUUGGCAAUAAACUAGUUAUAUUUAUUUGCAUUAAACGUUGAAGUUUUGAUUAAAUUUGCACGUGAAAGUGCACUUAGAUGAUGGUUGAUCUCGCUUCUGAUUGGUCAAUGAACAAACAUUCCCAAAAUAUUUCUAGGUGUUCAUGACUUUUCGAUUCGCACUUUUAAAAAGAGUUAUAAAUACAUAGUAACUUAACUUAUAUUAUAGUAUAUAUUAUUUAGGAUCUGCAGGUCAGAAAAUAUGUUCUAAUAAACCAAAUAAUGAUUGCAUUA